AUGGCCGACGUGGAAGACGGCGACGAGCCCUGCGCCCUGUCCUCUCACUCCGGGGGCGCGGGCUCCAAGUCGGGAGGCGACAAGAUGUUCUCCCUCAAGAAGUGGAACGCCGUGGCCAUGUGGAGCUGGGACGUGGAGUGCGAUACGUGCGCCAUCUGCAGGGUCCAGGUGAUGGAUGCCUGUCUUAGAUGUCAAGCUGAAAACAAACAAGAGGAUUGUGUUGUGGUCUGGGGAGAAUGUAAUCAUUCCUUCCACAACUGCUGCAUGUCCCUGUGGGUGAAACAGAACAAUCGCUGCCCUCUCUGCCAGCAAGACUGGGUGGUCCAAAGAAUCGGCAAGUGA